UUCAGCAAGAACCGUAUGAAAAAUUCUUUUUUUAAUCAUUUUUGAAGGAAAACGUCACAAAAGACGUAGUUUUACCAGGUUUUUCUCUGGAGUGCUAGAAGACGGUGAAAUAGCUUCUGACCCUGAGCCAAGUCCGAAGCCUGUCAGUCCUAGUCCCGGUGAUUUCAAUGAUGAAGAUUUGAUAGAUCAAAUCGUGCAAAAAGAGAACGAAAUCGCACAAAAAGUAAAAACUCCUCCGUCUACCAGCAAACGAUCUAAUAAUAGAAGUGAACGUCGAGCUACCCUCAGACGUCAAGAAACUUCCGAACCGUCAUUCUCUUCCCGAAAUAUGGAAACGUCAUGGCACUCAAAUGGAAACGGUGGAGAACGACAGAUGAGGCCGUCACCGUCAGAAGCAGUUAUAUUUGGAAUUAACAAUGGACAGCAGGCCAUCAAUUCGGAUAUAGCUCGUCUUCAAAGUCUCGUUCACCAUUCAAGGGACUACUAUCCUUCGAAUAUAGAACACUACCCACCGAUUCCAUUAUCUCAGCCGUGUCACUUCUUCAAUCCCCCACCACCGUCACUAAUGUCACUGGAUCUCCACCAACAAAUGAUGCUUCCACCACCUCCACCAGCUCCAAUCAUUCAACCGAUCUCCCCAACUCCUCUUCCAGCGUCUUUUCACGAUAAUUAUGAUGAAGUGAGUAUGGAAGUUGUAUCGCCUGACGAGCCACAACCAUCUCCAAAUGAUCCAUUUAUCAAACCACCAAUUCAAAUACCUUUGGAAGCAGUAGUGUCACUUCCGUCAACUUCCAAAGCAGUAAUUGAAGACGAAUCAUCGCUGAGAGAGAUGCUUCUUUCACAAUUGAAACAGAGUAAGAAACGAAAUGCGGAAAAGUCGUCGUCUCAAGAAAAGACACCGAAACGAGUACGGAAAAACUCUUCACGAUUGUCAAAUUCGGUGAAAAACAUAUUUGAAGCUCCGGUUGCGAUAUCGCCACAAGUUCCCGUUGCCAAGAUCGAGGUCAAAUUAGCCACGAAAACUUCAAACCUUUCAAUUGCUCCAGAAGUAAAUUCUAUAGAUUCUCAGAAAGUUCCAUUAGAACCAACAACUUCGGAAACAGUUGUUCCAGCUGAAACUGAAGCUCCCCCAUCUGAAAAAUCAUCCGAACUAUCUCGCGUCGAUAAGCGAGCUCAACUGGACCAACUUCUAGCUGAAAUAAGUAUUAAAUUCGAAGAAGAGCGAGAUAAAGUUCAAAAUGCGAAUAAACAAGGUAGAGAAGCAGUUGCAAUGGCCCAGGAAGCCGCUGAACUUGCUAAGAAAGCAGAAGAAAUGAACAAGAAGGCGACUGAAAUGCGAAAUGCGUGCAGGGAUGCUACUAAAUUGGGAAAAGACGAAAUGAGAAGAAUACUUAUUGAAAAGCAGAAGAUUCAAAACGAGAUCGAUUUGAUGAAUAUAGACGACAUGGAAGAGAUGGAUGAUGACGCGUUCCCGGAAAUUAUAAUAUCUUCGAUUAAACUUGAAUCCACAAAGUUCGUCAAAGAUGAAAAAGUUGGAAUUAUUGAAAGUCCGACACCAAAAGCCGAUCCAGCUGAAAAUACACCAACUCAAGCGGUGGAGCCAAUUAAUAUUGAGAAGGAGGUGAACGAAUCGGAGGUAGUCGUGGAAAAGAAGGAGACGGAUGUUGUCGUUGAGAAUAAAAACGAUGAAAUCCAAAAUGAGAGUGUAGAAGGAGAAGAUGAAUACGAAGAAGUAGAAGAACCCCCGUCGACUCCACUAAAUCCCACUCCUGAUUUGAUUCUUAACGAUGUUGUCAGUGAUCCAAUCGUAAAUCAAGCUGCUGCUCGAGAGGCUGCUUUAGACAAAGAGCAGUCACUUCGUAAACGUCUGUUGGACAAAUUUGGAAGAACUGGAAAUAGUCCAGAUGUUACGUCAGUGGUCUCAUCAUCUAUACCUGAUCGUCCCGAACAAUGUCGUACAUUGUUACUCAAAAUGUGCAAGUUCGAACUUAAUGGAAGAUGUGAGCGGCCACGGGAUUGUAAACAUCUUCAUCUUCACGACGUUACUGAUGCUGAACAACAAGCACAACUUCUCGAAGGCCUAUUCCGCGAAGCUUUUAAAUACAACGAAUCCGACAUAGAGCCGGCUGUCAAACAAACAUUGCACUUUCUACCGGAAUUCCGAGAAUUUGAAAAGCUAAUGGAUCAAUUCUUCAAUGUGGUCAUUCGUCAGACACCAGAAUACAAAAGCAAGUUGUUCGCUUUUUUCGCCAAUCGGCGAUGAACCGGACGAGAAAAUGGAUAGGAUGUAGUAAAAAUCGAGGAAAAUCAAAAGUAGAACUCGCUAGACAUUUUUAAAAAUUCCAGUUAUUUUCUUUUUAAAUCAAUUUCUUUACUGAAACGGUGUGAUCUCUACAAAUCAAGCUGACGUUCAAACUGUCAUAUCAAUUUGCCUGUUUAUUUUACUCCGGUGUAUUAUAUAUAUAGUACAAUCACAAUAAACCAGUUUUA